AAAAAUAGGGGCAAUAACUUGACAGUACCACGCAACUCACAGCACAACCUUUCUGAAGAGCGAGAGCGCUUGGACUCCACCCUCCGCUCUCCUUCUCCCCUUCUCCCCUUCUCCCCUUCUUCUUCUUCACAAUUUGCUUAUUAAAUUUCAAUUUCAAUUUCAGUCCUCUCCUUCGUCCACGACGCCUUCAUUUCCCGGAAUCACUCACCCAUCCAGGUGCAGUUAUGAGUUUGGGAAAAUCUUGAGAGGUCCACUGUUAAGAGUGAUCUGAUGCUCCCACUCCCCCCUAAAUUAUUUCAGGUUUAAUUUGUGAAUGGCCAUGAAAAAGAUGCAAAGCAACUCUGAUUCUAGAUGUUCCAGGGAAAACUCAUGUAUGUUGCCAUCUAGUCCAUUGAAAGUUACUAAAAAUGCUUACCUCAAGAAGAAAAACUGCAAAGGUUCAGAGAAGAAAGAGUGGGAAGAUGCUACCUGCUCAGUCUGUAUGGAGUUCCCUCACAAUGCUGUGCUUCUUCUUUGUUCCUCAUAUAAUAAGGGUUGCCGGCCUUAUAUGUGUGCAACUGGUCGUCGAUAUUCCAAUUGUCUCGAUCAAUACAAGAAAGCCUACACAAAAGUGUCAUCAGCUGAAACUUCAGAACAACUGAAUAUGCCGGUGGAAAAUGUAAGCCUCAAUUUGGACGCAGGGCAGCCAAGUGAAAAGGUUGAAGUGCCAGAGCUGUUAUGUCCCCUUUGUAGGGGACAGGUUAAAGGAUGGACAGUGGUCGAACCAGCACGGAAAUAUCUUAAUUCUAGGAAGAGAAGUUGCAUGCAGGACAAUUGCUCAUUUGUUGGACGUUACAAGGAGCUGAAGAAGCACGUUAAAGCAAAGCAUCCAUUAGCACGACCACGUGAAGUGGACCCUUUGCUUGAAGAGAAGUGGAAGAGAUUUGAGCACGAGAGGGAGCGAAGUGAUGUGAUCAGCACAAUUAUAUCAUCAAUUCCUGGAGCUGUUGUUCUAGGGGAUUAUGUGUUGGAACCUAGCCAAAGUGGUUUUUAUAGUGAGCACGAUUCUGAUAUGGACGAGAAUUUGGACGAUGAUACUUUCUUUUCGAUGGAUGCAUUUGGUUUUGGACGGGAUGGUCGUCUGUUUUCUCGUAAUAGAUAUCAUAGGGACUACAACAGCAGCAGGGGAGAUGAGAUUGAUUUUGGGAUGCAUCGUGCUGCAGGUCUCGGUUCUACUACAACUGGUGGACCAGGACGUGGUUUCCGCAGAAUUAUAUUCGGGAGGUCGAGGCGGCCAAGACAAAGAGGAGGACUUAACAGAAUUCCAUAACUUAUGAUAUAGAAAAGAAAUGGAAGGAGUGGGAGUUAGGGGGCGUAAGGUUUUAUUGAGAUAGGGCCUAUGUAUAUUCACUUCUGUUGUAAUGGAGGUCUUGCUUGGCUAGAAGUCGUCAUAUACCCACUCUGUUCAUGGUGCACAACUCAUUUGUAGAUUUUUUUUUUUUUUUCUUCUUAAUGGUGUCAAGAAUUUAUUUGGUUUGAACAGCCAGCCUUGAUGUUUUUCUCCGCUGGCAUUGGGGGGUGGGUGGGAAUAGGAUAGGUAUUGGCAAGGGGAGAUUAGGUUGAUUUGUUAUCUCAAUUAUCAUUUGGGGAUGGCAUUUGAUUGACUGACCAAACAGAUCACAGCAAUGAAAAAUGUUUUGCUUUUCUCCCAUCUCUUA